CAACAUGGCCUGUGAUAUGGCGGUUACACAAAUCUCUAUUUUUGGCAAAAUACAAAGCAAAAGAAUGCAAAAUGACAACGAACAAAUCGUUGUCGGGCUAUAUUUUGAUAAAUUGAAAUGUUGAAGUGAGAGAAAUUGUCGAUUUUUGUUCGAAAAGUCGAGAUAAAUGGGCGCUGAAUUGAGCUUAUACAGUUCGUAUUCACUGGGUGAACCUUUUAAAGUUGAAAAUGAUAUCUGGGAAAUUAGUCCUGCAUUGAGUAAAGAAGAUGACCAGGAAUUCACAGUCUUUCUACACGAUAAAGAAAACCAGAGUAAUAAAGUUGAUACAGCAAUUAAGUAUUUCCAGAAAUUGCGCCAUCCUGGAUUAUUGAAGUGUGUUGAGGUGUUUCAGGAAGCAUCAGAGAUUGCCAUUGUUACAGAAGCUGUGGUACCUUUGACUGAAGUAGUUGGUGAUUUUCAUUUGUUAGAAGUGAUUGCAGGAAUACAUAAUAUUAUUGUGACGCUGGUUUUUCUUCAUGAUAAGUGUAAGUUGUCCCAUAACAACUUGUCAUUGGAUUCAAUAUUUGUUGGUCAAAAUGAUGCUUGUUGGAAGAUUGGUGGUUUUGAAUACAUGUGUCCUUUUGCUGAGAUUGCAAAAGAGAAAUUAAUGAAUGAAAGUAUUGCUCAUGCAAAGGAUGUCUUGGGACUGGGAAAACUUAUCUGUGAUGUUCUAGAUGUGGUUAGUUUGUCAGAUGAGUCAAGUAUUACUGAUUUUCAGCAAAGAAUACAAGAGGAAGUUGUGGAUGCCAGUCUUGAGAAAAGACCAAGUGUUCAAAGCCUUUUAAAUGAUGAGAUUUUUCAAAAUGAUUACUGUCAAAUUCUGGAUUUCUUGAGAAAUAUCACAGUAAAAACAAGUGGAGGAAAGGCUGUUUUCUUCAGGACUCUUCAUCAGAGGCUACAUAAAGUACCGCCCCACAUCAUUGCUAAUAGACUACUCCAUCUUCUGCUAUCUCGCUUCACCCUUGUUGACUCUACUGCUGUUGAUGUUUUCUUACCACAUCUUUUAACACCUCAAUCUGAAGAUCAUUCUGUUGAAUCUGCGGACAUUUUGCCUCUUUUGCCAGAGGAUUUGUUCAGACAAUGCUGUGUCCCAAUCUUAAAGAAACUAUUUGAAGUAAAUGAUCGUCACGUUCGGUUAAUUUUGCUCAAGUAUUUCCCUCUUUACGUUUCAAUGUUUGAUAAAGACGCAUUACAAUCUUUUAUAUUACCAGAGUUAAGACUGGGUUUGCAGGACAGUGAUGAUGAGUUAGUUUCCGCAACGUUCAGCGCGAUGCAGUAUUUAGUUCCAGUAUUGGGUGCUCAUGUUAUCAUCGGAGGAGAACGACUACAACAGUUUACUGAACGAAGACCUAAGUUGGAUGUGGAGUCGAAAUCUUCUCAUGGCUCCGAAUCACACAGAAUAAAACAAGAUUCCUCACAACGCAUUGCAACACGAGCUAGUCAAGGUAAAAGUCUUCAGGAUAAAAUACAAGAACGAGAAAAAAGGCGGGAAGAAACACGAAAGAGGAAUGAAGAAAGAAGAAAACAGAAAUCACAAAUGGGGAAAAAGAUUGCAAUGAAAGCAAGCGUGGUGGAGCAUGUGCAUGUGGAGUCUGCUGCAGGCAGCUUUGAUUCCUGGGACAAUUUUGAUGGUGUAGAAAAAGUUGAUCCAGGAGAGAUUUCAGAUGACUCAGAUCACGGCCGUCCAAGCUCCAGCGAAGUUUCGCUUGAUUCUGGUUUUAGCGAACGAACUAGAAACGUAAUUGAGCACCCAACUAGUCCACGUCAAACUAAGCAAGUGAAUUGUACAGAAGACAUCAACAAAUUUUCUCAAGGAAAGACGGGUUUUGGUAUGAAACUUGGAAAAGUCAAAGGUGAUUCCAAGCUUGAAAAGGAUCGCGGAAAGAAAUUGGCUUUGAAAGACAUUGCCAAACAAAAUGAAAGUCAACUUCAAAAUGUAUCACGAACAAACAAAAAUGAUUUGAAGAUAAAUACGAAUUCAAGGGCAGUUAAUUCUUCGUUUGAAACAGAGUACGAGGACAUGCACUCAAAUGAACUUCCAGAGGAUUCUUUUAAUACAGAAAACAACGAGCUUUCGCCUGUUUCUUUGAAUUCAACAAAUAAAAAUAGUAAGAGGAGCACGAAAAAUAAGUUAAACAAGAAAGAUUCUAAGGCUUUAAGAAACACAGACAAAAGCAAGACUCCAGUUCAGGUUGUGGAUAAACCAUGGGAGGAUUUUGGUAUAAAAGUUACCAAAAAAGACUCCACAGUUGAUGAUAUUUUCGCUGACAUGGCACCGACACUGGUAGAAACACGAAAAGCCCCAGUGAAGGGAACGUCAAUGUACAGUGAUAACUUGGCUGUGGUUGCCGAGACCACAGAACAGGAUCUCAAUGGUUGGCUGGAUGAUGAUUGGUAAAGAAUAAACUCAUGGAACUGAUUAGCGGUAGGCUUCUGUGAAUUAUAGAGAUAUUAGAGGCCUGACUGAAUUCUGUUCACAAUUUAAUAUUUUUCUAUUUGAAACAAGAGUUAUUUUACUUGAGAUUUUAACGAUUUUGUUCUAGAGACAUUUUUGUAGGCUAGUGGUAAAUUAUUAGAACGUAUUAAUGACGGGCUAAAAUCUGGCAAAAAUGUUAAUUCAAACAAAAUGAUUCGCUACUUGUUUUU